AGAAUCAUUCCAUAUUUUAAAGUCAUAAUGGCAAGGCUACUUGUCCUUUUUUCAAUUCUUGUUUAUGGAUCAUCAGCAAAAAAUUCAAAACGUAUUCUUCUGACUGAUCCUGACUUUGCAGACAACCUACAAUUACAUAAGGAUGUGCAAAAUUUAAAAGCUCUUGUACAGCAAAUGCAAGGAACCAUUCAAAACCAAGCACGAAUGAUCGAAAAAUUCGCAGUCACAGCACCAGCUGGUGUAGUGUAUACUAGAUGGGGAAGGAAGGACUGCGCAGGGAACAAUACAGAUAUUGUUUACUCAGGACUUUCUGGGGGUGGACACUAUACAGAAAGGGGACGAGCUGCAGAACCAGUGUGCCUUCCACACGAUCCACACAUUGGAAGCACUAUUAACAAUAACGACUAUACUUCUGUAUACGGCAUGGAAUAUCAACAGAACUUAGGUAGUAGUGUGUAUGAUAAAGAUGUGCCUUGUGCCGUGUGUAGGGCGAAUCAUGUUACUUCCAAAGUGAUAAUUCCUGGCAAAAUAACUUGCCUGGCUGGAUGGCGAAAAGAAUAUAGUGGCAUGUUGGUAGCAGGGUAUCACGGGCACGAUGGUGCAUCUUCUUUCAUCUGUAUUGACCAGAAUCCAGACGUUCUUGAAGCUGGUGCUGGAAAUGAAGAUGGUUAUUUAAUUUAUCCAGCAAUCGCUAAAUGUGGAUCUUUAAAAUGUCCACCGUAUGUUCAGAAUACAAGGAUUAGCUGUGUUGUUUGCACCAAGUAA